ACCUCCGCAAACACCACGUGACUUAGGGUCACGUGACAAGAACCAAGAUGGCGGCAGCGCCCGCCGUCGGUGGCGCGUGCUUCACGGCCUCGGAGCUCCAGGACAGCCUCUCUGAGGUGUACGAGUGCAGCUUCCACGCCACACUUCCUCGACACGGCGCCGUGAAUCUCGCAGGGUUGAUAGUCCGCGGUGUGCGCGCGCAGGAGGAGCACGACGGCGGCGGCAACGUCGUGGAGCUGACCUGCAUCUCUCUGACCGUCCUCGGGAGGGUGGUUACCAUGACGACGGCUCCCACGCCGGAAGUAGCCUCUUUCUACCGACUGGCGCUCAAAGUCUUGUUCGAGGACAUGGACGCCAUGUCUCUGCUGGUAGCUAACUUCGCCUGCAAGGAUCAACUCAUCCGUCACAUGGCGGGAAAGAGCGCCUCCUCGUGGGUCCUCUACCAACUGCGCAUGUCUGGUUCGGUCAGUCUGACGUGGCAGCAGACGUGCGAGCAGGCGUUCCUCAGCUCGCCCGCCGGCCCCAAACUGGACACCUGCUUGUGGUCGCUUAACUUCGUCCUCAAAAGACUUCUAAAAGAUAAUUCUGGAGAGCUCGUCAGGGCUGUUCUGACGGCGUUCGAUGCCAGCGUCAGCACGUUGGCGUCCAGGUUGCUUCCCGUGGGCGCCGCCUCGGACGUGGACACGCUCUGCCAGCUGUUGGAACUUCUGGAGCUGCUGACGGCGUCCAGCGAGGGCCGCGCGUACGCGGGCUGUCAGAUGCUGGUUCACACGCACGCGGCCGCGCUGAUGGCCGCCGUGAGUUGCUCGCCGCGUUAUUUCCUCAGCAAGCACGCCGCGCUGCUGCUGAAGCGCGCCGCGCUGCACAAGGCCGGCGAGGACUGGCUGGCGGGGGGCGGACCCGCGCGUGAGCACGCCGGCUCUGACGUCGCCUCGCUCGCUCGCGCCGUGCUGAACGGCGUAGCCGGCGGCUGGUUGCCGAGCGUCCGGGUGGAGUCGGCGUCUUUCUUCGGGGGGACGAGCGGCAAGCGGCGGGAAGGCGGCGACGGUGUGAUGCUGAGAGCUGUCGGCCUGCUCGUCAUCAAGUGCGUCGAGCACCACGUGCGGUCCGCCGCCGCAGGCGCCGAGGCUUGUGGGUAUCUGCAGGCUCUGUGGUCCUUCCUGGGGCAGACGGAGGUGGUCCACACCUGCCGCUUGAUGACGCGGGUGUUCGGCGAGCAGGAUGACGACAUGAUGGAGGCCGCCAAAGCUCUUCUCGCCAUCUUCCUCCAGCUCAGAGAGGAUCCCAGUUUGGACUUUGGCGUCGGUGACGCCGCCUGCACCUGCGGCUGCAACCCCCACUGUCACUUCCUGUCCCUCCUCCAGAGCGUGGCUUUUGACCACCGCGUGCUCCUGGACUUCCUCAUCUCCAUGGAAACCUGCUUCCUGGAGUACCUGGUGCGCUACCUCAAGUACCUGAGGACAGACUGGCAGGGCUUCACUGCCGCGUGCCAGCGAGUGGGCGUGUCCCCCGAGUCUGACUCAGGUCAAGUAAGCACCAGUUCUGGGCGCAGCCUGGUGGACUAUGACACUUCUGACGAGUCCGAGACAGAUAACGCGGAGGGGACCGCUGAGGGGUUGGACUGUGGAAACACGGCGGCCGGUGGAACGUUGGCGCGUGCCGUGGGCUGCCUGACCAAGCUCCGCCUCUUGGUGGACAGGCUGCAGACGAAGAAAAUGUUUCCUUACAACGCGGAGUCGCUCCUCAAACUUUUAGCGCACGUGGAUGCGUGUGAAGGACAGAACAGAAAGGACAGCAACAUUCAGAAUUCAUCAAGCUCUCAACCAAUACUGCAGGACAGGGUCGCGGGGGGCGCUGGCGCCUAUCUCAGCUACAAUCGGGCGGAAGGCAGUGUACACCCUGGAGGUACACCCUGGACAAGUCGCCACCUCAUCACAGGGCCAACACAGAUAGACAGACAACAUUCACACACUAGGGACCAUUUAGUGUUGCCAAUCAACCUAUCCCCAGGUGCAUGUCUUUGGAAGUGGGAGGAAGCCGGAGUACCCACGCAGUCACGGGGAGAACAUGCAAACUCCACACAGAAAGCGCCUCAGCCUGGAAUUGAACCCAGGACUGCAGGACCUUCGUAUUGUGAGGCAGACGCACUAACCCCUCUACCGCCGUGAAGUCGGGUGUGAAUUGAUCUAUAUAGGGCUGUCAAAAAUAACUCAUGUGAAUAAUCACAAAAAAUUAUAUUUUUGAUUUUCAAAAGUAUUAAAAUAUUUACAUUUUUUUUAAA